AAUGGGAAGCGUUGGUAAAGCAGGUACGAUAAAACAAUGGUGGAAUUCGUGAUUGAAAAAUGAAGAAUGUUUAAGCAAUCGCCUGAGAAAAGAUGCCGAACUUGAGGUUGUUACCGAAACACAUAAUCCUUGUCCGACAUGGUGAGUCCGACGGCAACAAAGACCCCUUGGCCUACACGACAACCCCCGACCACAAGAUCUCCUUAACCGAACAUGGCCGAGCCCAAGCCCGACUCGCCGGUUCCCGGCUCCGGGACCUCAUUUCGGACAACGGGUCUUCCCAUGAUUGGCGGGUUUACUUCUACGUAUCUCCUUACGAGCGAACCCGAUCCACGCUACGGGAGAUUGGGAAAUCUUUCUCGAAGAAAAGGGUGAUUGGGGUGAGGGAAGAGUGUAGGAUUAGGGAACAAGAUUUCGGGAAUUUUCAGGUGGAGGAAAGGAUGAGGAUUACAAAACAAACAAGGGAAAAAUUUGGGAGGUUUUUUUAUAGGUUCCCUGAAGGUGAAUCUGCUGCAGAUGUUUUUGAUCGAGUUUCCAGUUUUCUUGAAUCUCUUUGGAGGGAUAUAGACUUGAAUAGGCUUGGAAAUGAUCCUUCUCAAGAAUUGAAUCUGAUAAUAAUCUCACAUGGUUUAGCCUCUCGGGUGUUUUUAAUGAAGUGGUUCAAAUGGACAGUUGAGCAAUUCGAGCAGCUAUAUAAUCCAGGCAAUUGCGAGAUUCGAGUUAUGGAGUUGGGACCUGGUGGAGAGUAUAGUUUGGCAAUCCAUCAUACUGAUGAAGAGUUGCGAGGAUGGGGACUCUCUACCGAAAUGAUAGAAGACCAGAAAUGGCGAAUCAAGGCUGACAGAACCAAUUUGCAUGGUCAUUGUAAAGGGUAUCUUAAUUCGUUUUUUGACCAAGAAUUAGACUCAGAUGAAGAUGUCAAAGAAGGAUAUAUUGUUUCAGAUAAUGAAUUCGAAGAUGUCAAAGAAGAUAUUGAUUCAGAUAACGAUUACAAAGACAUUUGUGUACCAAAUUCUUAAAGAGUUCAAAAGCUUUCAUAAACUACC